AUGCCAGUUCCCCCGUCUUCGGUUUAUUCAAUUGGACAACUUCAAUAGAAAUAAUCCCACCUGGUUCACAUACAUAGAACCGGCCUCAAAUCCACCCAAACCAAUCGAGGCUCAAAAACCAAGCAAACAACGGAAGCGAGGCGACGGGGAAGCCACCGCAGCUGUCAUGGCGCAAAAGUGUGUGCACAAAGGCUGCGGCAAGCCGUUCACGGAUCCAGACGAGCCAUGCGUCUAUCACCCGGGACCACCAGAGUUCCAUGAAGGGCAGAAAGGCUGGAAAUGCUGCAAACCCCGCCCCAUCGACGCCGACGUCCCGCGCACCGGCACCCCGCUGCCCGAGCCGGAAACCGAGGACGACGACCCUGCGGUACCGGUUCCCGCAGGCGCGAGCUGUCGAAGGCGGGGGUGCGGGGCGGUAUCAGACGGGUCGACGGACGGGAAGAGAGAGGGAGAGGAGUGUCGCCAUCAUCCGGGCGCACCGGUGUUCCAUGAGGGCAGCAAGGGGUGGAGUUGCUGCAAGCGGCGGGUGCUGGAGUUCGAUCAGUUUGUGAAGAUCGAGGGGUGCGCGACGAAGGGGCGACAUUUGUUCGUGGGGUCAGGGAGAAAAAAGAAGCAGGCGGCGAAGGCGAAUGAGGCGGUGGCGGGAGGGGAGAAGGGUGAAGACGGGGAGGGAGAGGUGUUGGAGGCGGGGUCGGUGCGGAAUGAUUUCUACCAGUCAGCGAUGUCGUUGACGUUGUCGUUUUAUCUGAAGAAAGUGCGGAAGCCGCCGGCGUCGACGGUGGAGUUCACGGGGGAGGAGAUGAAGUUGGAUUUGAUCACGGAGGAUGGGAAGCGGUAUCGGGAGACGGUCGCGCUGUUUGCGGAGGUGGUGCCUGAGGAGUGCGAGGUGAGCAUCCGGCCGUCGAAGGUGGAGAUGGUGCUGAAGAAGAAGGAGCCGGCAGCCUGGCCAGGGCUGCGGCAGGGAGAUGCGAGUAAAGGGGAGAUAUACCAGGUUGGGAAGGCUGGUAGGGCUUAGACUCAUCGCUUGGAUACUUUAGACGACGUUGGCAGUAGGUAUAAUAGAUUUGGACCGUCUAAACUGUAUAUCGAUAUGUAUCCUACUCGUAUGCCCUGCUUGACAUAUCGCGAAAGCCGACUAAUACGAUAGACUGUGCCCGCAUACAGCGAAACUCAAUGAAGGGUAAAGCAGCUCUAUAGCUUUGGCUUCCGCUUAACGAGACCCAUCAUCUUAUCUAGGUACCUGGCGCUCAUCGUCCUCUUCUCC